AUGGCGGAGCUCUCGGAGAGCCAGUUGGUUCUGUACGAAAAAAAGCGCGAAGGGACAGAGGAGCAAGUGGAAAACAAGGACUCAGCAACACUGGCGCCUUUCAAGAAUCAAGUGAUCUUCAAAAAGUUCCUGGCGGCCGGCGUGAUCAGUUUGCCUCUGCGAACCUACGAGCAACCGGGGGGCGAUGAAGAGGCUGCAAGAAACCGGACCACGACGCAAGUGGCCAAAGUGAUAACAGAAGGCGAGUUGCGGCGUUUGGACCUUCUGCCGACGCUACUCCUGUUGUUUCCGUGCCCGACCUUUACGCGGAAGAGUGUUCGGUCUGCGCCUUCGCGGCCUUCCCCAGUGUGUCUGUCCGAGCGCGCGGUACACGGGAAAGCAAACUACCACUCGUUUGUAGCGGCUCAGCCUCUGCCCCAGCAGGCGAUUCUCUUGCGCGGCGCCGCAACGGUUUUGCUCCAGCAGUGGAUCCUGUUGAGCGACGACGCGGCUCUUCUGUCGCGUCGCGUUUUCCGCCUGGAGCGGCAGGCGCUGAAGAAAGUUCGUUUCUUCGAAGACGGGAAGCCGGGCUCUGCGUUUCUGCCAAAUAGCCGGAAUGUGGACUGCGGGCUGUGGGGGAUUGAGGAAGAUGAGGCGCAGAACCGACGGAAGCACGACAAGAUGGGGACCUCAAAGAGUCGGCGGAAACGCGCGCGAACCAGAGAGACGGACGAGCGUGAGGCGCUCCUGGCCUUUCUGAACAAAAAGGACCAGGAGCCCACCGGGAAACGAAAAUCCCGAGGCGUGAUCGAGGAAAAAGGGUCGCGUAUCCUCGACUCUCUGGGCGACUCGCUGAACAUCAACGACAGCCAAGACGACGGAUAUCCGAACUACGAGUUCGACUACGAUGCAAUCAUGGAGCGGCUGCGGGAGCAGCGUGACGCUCGCGAUGCCGCCGACGGCUCUUUCCUGGAAAAGGAACUCCGGAAGAUGGAAGACCAGAAGCACGCAUCAGGGCCGUACGGCGCCUCUCUGCAGCUCCCCUCCGGGCUUUUGUUUCCGGAUGACGAACGCACUCUCCUCGACACCUCUUUUUCCGACGAAAGCCCUUUCUUCAGCGCCAGGUGGACGGGGUACCGAGAAGUUCCGUGCCACGACCCCCAGACAGGGAAAGCCGGCGAAGGCGUCAGUAGCGUCUCAAACCUGGAGCCUGGACGCGAACCCGACCGGUACCGGCUUGAAAAACUCCGCGGGGUGCGCGAGCGGCCCCUGUCGCUGACGCUUCCGGUGUCGCCCUCGAAACUCGGCCGUCUUCAAACUACCACGUCACACGGCCCGGGAGAUGACGAAGGUUUCCGCGACGACGCGCGAGACGGAUACCUUUUCGAUUUGAAGUGGGCUGGCAGGGACAAAGACGCAGCGGAAGGGAAGGCGCAAGCAGGGGAGGAUGCAAGAUAUCGAGAGGAAGUGGCGAGGGAGGUCUCGCACCGCGCGUUUGCGCUCGACGGAUCGCACCUCAGCCGCUGGGGAGAAGUCGAAAUUGACACGGCCUCCUUCGCCGGAGACGGAAUUGUCGAUGCUGGGGAGUGGACGGAACCGCCUGAGAUGCACAUGCCUUCUUUCGCGAAUGGCCCAGCGGAAGAGAAAAACUCGGCGUUCCCGGCGAGAGGUCUCGAGGAAGGAACAGCCGCGCGCCGACUCGCAUUGCCUUCGUUUUCUCUGGAGGAUUCGCCGCUCAGAGAAGACCCAACGGCUGAACAAAACCGAAAACGGCCUCACUCGCGAGAGACGCGUGUCCGCGGAGAGGGAACAGGAUCCGACGCUUUGAACCACGAAACGGGAAAGGCUGGCCGGAAGGUUCUCUGGGAUCGUGUCGCCUUCGCCACUCCGGGAAUUCCUCCUCUUCUCUCCCCCUCGUUAUCGCUUUCCGAAAAACAGAUGCAGUGGAAGCAGUUCUGGAGUCAAAUCGCGUCCCAGGAGGCACAGAUUCACCGUUCCCAGUCGCUGACUCUCUGGGAUGCUCGAUUUCAUCUGUUGUCUCCGUCGGUCGGCCUGCUCCAGUGCGAUCCGGUGCUCUCUUUGCUGGCGCUCCACACGGACCUUGCGGCAUCGCGCCCCGAGAAGGCUGUUGCGUCUCGAGCCAGGCUGCUAUGCACUCUUGCGCCAGCGAGAGAUUCUCACCUGCUGGCGUCGGAUGGCGACCGUCUGUUCUCCGCCGCGCAUCGUCGAGAACAGGCUCCAAACGCCUCCAUACCCUCGGCCUUUCCCUGCAACGCUUUCGCGCCUGCCGCCGCUGUCGCUGCACACCAGUGGCGUUGCUCUUGGGAAGAAGCGUCGCGAACAGCGUUUCCAGGGUUUCUCAAGCACCGCGAUGGUCCACACUUUUUUCGAUCGUUUGCGGCCGAACCUGAACACGCGGCGGCGGAAAACCACCCCGCGAGUGCUCCAGGAACCGAUGACCUCGGCGCCGCAGGCGAAGACAGUUUUCUCGAGCUUCGCUCAGAUGCACGAAAACCUGCGCAAAAAAGCGCAGCAUCCUCCACAGGACUUCUGGCCCGCCUGGGAACCCUGCCUGGCUCCAGAGAAGCCGCCGACCGGGGUCUGGGCUCUUCCGAUCGCGAGAACGGAACCCAGGCUGUGUCCACCGACGGGAUUGAUAGCAGCGAGUACGUCGAAAUUCUCCGCGGGCUCUUUGAUAGCAGCAGCUUAACGCAGGGAGCGUACACGCCGCACGAGAUGCGUUCGAGGCAGGGGAAACCGCGAGAUUCUUCGCAGUUGCUCCGCCAGUGCCUUUACGCGGGGCCGAGCGCGUGUGCGGAAAACCCCUCUGUUGCCUCGUCGUCUGGGGCGAGCGAGUCGGACCGCGUUUCCGACGAUUUGUUUUUCGACGGCGACUUUGUGGACAGAAGUGCCGUCGGCGACGCAGGCGAGCAAGACGGCCUGCGCAAGGACGUGUCGAGUGUCUCUCUGGGUCGCGGAGCUCGGCGCUCUGAAGAGGGUCGAGAGGAAACCGACACUCCGCAUUUGUCCCCGAGGCUCAGCCGAGGUCUCAGCUCGCUGUCGCAUCCGGGCGGUGAUAGAACGGGCCAAGGUGCUACCCGUGGGUUUUCGAGCGACCUCGAGAAACAGAAUCCCGCACGGGGCAACGACCGCUUGAGUCGCGACACCUGGCAAACCAGCGGCUCCAGUGUCACGCUCUCGUCUUUUGUGUCUUCCUCCCUGCCGGUUUCGUCCGGAAGUACCCGAGACGGCUCAGGCGAGGGCAUGUGGCAAGAAGGCGGGCAAAGAGACACCACGACGCGCACAGGGUUUCGUAGCUUUCUGUACGCGCUUUUGCGACGGCGAGUGCUGCUGUCGCACUCUGACUCGAAGCCAAGAGACGGUGAGGGCCAUCGCUCUCUGUUGCCUGACUCGGAUCAGGCGGCCCCGCACGGGUCGGCGUCCUGGUGGCAAGAUGGAGACGCGAGAGCGGCGUCGAAAGAAAGCAAGCAAGAGAGCGGAGAGGACGACGGGGGUUUGGAUGCCGUCGACAAACAAAACAUCGUUUCCAGACUCACCUUCCACGAGGUGGUGCCUCAAGGUCGGGUCCGGCCCUCGACCGCUGCCAAGGCGUUUCAACACCUCCUGGCUCUCUACUCUCGCGGAGAGAUCCUUCUCAGGCAAAAACACCCUUUGCCGUUUGCAGGCGCGCUCACUGGCGACGGCGAGAAAACCCGUUCUCGCCCCGAAACGCUGUUCAUUUGCGGAACGAGAGAUCUUCUUUUCGGGCAAGACCCGAGAGGGACGAGCCGGUCUGCAGAGCGAGAGCCAGGUGCCGAAAAUGUCUUUGUCAGUGACACGGAAAAACGAACGAGCGACAAACUUGCAGGCGGCCGACAGUGGGUAGUGUGUGCUUGA